GUCUGAGCCCCAAGGGAGCCGGAGUGCAGCGACCCGGGGCGGCCACGAAUCCGGGGGUCAGCAUCUGUGGGGCCCCUGGGGGGAGGGGCGCGGACGGGGUCGGCCCCCGCAGCCUCCGCCAGGCCCAGCUUUCCGCGUCUCGCGGCCUCGGCUCCUCUCCGCCCCCGCCCUUUCCUUCCCUCCCAGCAGCGGCCUCCCUCCUCCUCCGGCCCCCCCCCACCCCGCCCGCCACCUCCCCCCGGUUUCUCAUUCCUGCCACUAGCGCGCUCGGCGGCUCAUUCCGCGGCCGCCGCCAGCCGAGGGGAGCGUCGCGAGCAGAUGCCGCGGGGGCCGCUCGCAGCCGCCGCCGACUUGUGAAUGGGACUCGGACUGGGGCCGGGGUUGACACCGCUGCGCUCGCCUUGCGCCAGGGACCGACGGCCCCGAGCUCGCGCCCACCCUCCAGGGCCCCAGUUUCCUCAUCUGUACUUUUGGCAUGACAAGAACAUAUACAGAGCCAAGUGAACACUUCAUAAAUGUCAGCGACAACCCUGUGAAAUCACUGUAUUUUCGGCUCAGUGGACCCGUGACACUUGUUCCUGUUGUCAUUUGUUGAGUGACCAAUCAGAUGGGUGGAGUGUGUUAUAGAAAUUGGCAGCAAGUAUCCAAUGGGUGAAGAAGAAGCCGACUGGGGAAGUGGGCAGCCCUGACCGUGAUGUGCUCAGCCAGCAGAGACAUUCCAUUCCGAGAGAGGUCUGCCUGACACGUCUGGGAGGCCACCAUCAGCCAGGCCGCCACAGGGUUGGUGAAAGGGGUGACAGCUGCAUUCUCCUGUGCCUACCACAUAACCAAAAAUGAAGGAGCACUACUGUUUACAAGCCGCCCUGGUGUGCCUGGGCGUGCUGUGCCACAGCCAGGCCUUCACCACCGAGCGACGGAGCCACUUGCGACCCUCGUUCCACGGGCACCAUGAGAAGGGCAAGGAGGGGCAGGUGCUGCAGCGCUCCAAGAGAGGCUGGGUCUGGAACCAGUUCUUCGUGAUCGAGGAGUACACCGGGCCUGACCCCGUGCUCGUGGGCAGGCUUCAUUCCGAUAUUGACUCUGGUGAUGGGAACAUUAAAUACAUUCUCUCAGGUGAAGGAGCCGGAACCAUUUUUGUGAUUGAUGACAAAUCAGGGAACAUUCAUGCCACCAAGACAUUGGACCGGGAAGAGAGAGCCCAGUACACGCUCAUGGCACAGGCGGUGGACAGGGACACCAACCGGCCGCUGGAGCCACCGUCGGAGUUCAUCGUCAAGGUCCAGGACAUUAAUGACAACCCGCCCGAGUUCCUGCAUGAGACCUAUCAUGCCAACGUGCCUGAGAGGUCCAACGUGGGGACAUCGGUAAUCCAGGUGACAGCUUCAGAUGCAGAUGAUCCCACCUAUGGAAACAGCGCGAAGUUAGUAUACAGCAUCCUAGAAGGACAACCCUACUUUUCAGUAGAAGCACAGACAGGUAUCAUCAGAACAGCCCUCCCCAACAUGGACAGGGAAGCGAAGGAGGAGUACCACGUGGUGAUCCAGGCCAAGGACAUGGGUGGACACAUGGGUGGACUCUCAGGGACAACCAAAGUGACGAUCACACUGACUGAUGUCAAUGACAACCCACCAAAGUUUCCACAGAGCGUAUACCAGAUGUCUGUGUCAGAAGCAGCUGUCCCCGGGGAGGAAGUAGGAAGAGUAAAGGCAAAAGACCCAGACAUUGGAGAAAAUGGUUUAGUCACCUACAAUAUUGUUGAUGGAGACGGUAUGGAAUUGUUUGAAAUCACCACGGACUAUGAGACACAGGAGGGUGUGGUCAAACUGAAAAAGCCUGUAGAUUUUGAAACCAAAAGAGCAUACAGCUUGAAGGUAGAGGCAGCCAAUGUGCACAUCGACCCAAAGUUCAUCAGCAACGGGCCUUUCAAGGACACUGUGACGGUCAAGAUUGCAGUGGAAGAUGCUGAUGAGCCCCCCAUGUUCUUGGCCCCAAGUUAUAUCCAUGAAGUCCAAGAAAAUGCAGCGGCUGGCACUGUGGUUGGGAGAGUGCACGCCAAAGACCCCGAUGCUGCCAACAGCCCGAUAAGGUAUUCCAUCGAUCGUCAUACUGACCUCGACAGGUUUUUCACUAUUAAUCCAGAAGAUGGUUUUAUUAAAACCACAAAACCUUUGGACAGAGAGGAAACUGCCUGGCUCAACAUAUCCGUUUUUGCAGCAGAAAUCCACAACCGGCAUCAGGAAGCCAAAGUGCCAGUGGCCAUUAGGGUCCUUGAUGUCAACGAUAAUGCCCCCAAGUUUGCCGCCCCUUACGAAGGCUUCAUCUGUGAGAGUGAUCAGACCAAGCCACUUUCUAACCAGCCAAUUGUUACAAUUAGUGCAGAUGACAAGGAUGACACAGCCAAUGGACCAAGAUUUAUCUUCAGUCUACCCCCUGAAAUCAUUCACAAUCCAAAUUUCACAGUCAGAGACAACAGAGAUAACACUGCAGGGGUGUAUGCCCGGCGUGGAGGCUUCAGUCGGCAGAAGCAGGAUCUGUACCUCCUGCCCAUCGUGAUCAGCGAUGGCGGAGUCCCUCCCAUGAGUAGCACCAACACUCUCACCAUCAAGGUCUGUGGGUGUGAUGUGCACGGUGUACUGCUGUCCUGCAAUGCUGAGGCCUACAUCCUGAAUGCCGGCCUGAGCACGGGGGCGCUCAUCGCCAUCCUCGCCUGCAUCGUCAUUCUGCUGGUCAUUGUAGUGUUGUUUGUGACCCUGAGACGGCAAAAGAAAGAACCACUCAUAGUCUUUGAGGAAGAAGAUGUCCGUGAGAACAUCAUUACCUAUGACGAUGAAGGGGGCGGGGAAGAAGACACAGAAGCCUUUGAUAUUGCCACCCUCCAGAAUCCUGAUGGGAUCAAUGGAUUUAUCCCUCGCAAAGACAUAAAACCCGAGUAUCAGUACAUGCCUAGGCCUGGACUCCGGCCAGCACCCAACAGUGUGGACGUCGAUGACUUCAUCAACACGAGAAUACAGGAGGCAGAUAAUGACCCAACUGCCCCUCCUUAUGAUUCCAUCCAAAUCUAUGGUUACGAAGGCAGGGGCUCAGUGGCCGGGUCCCUGAGCUCCUUAGAGUCUGCCACCACAGAUUCAGACUUGGACUAUGACUACCUACAGAACUGGGGACCUCGUUUUAAGAAACUAGCAGACUUGUACGGUUCCAAAGACACUUUUGACGACGACUCUUAACAAUAAUGGUACAAAUUUGGCCUUAAGAACUGUGUCUGGCAUUCUGAAGAAUCUAGAAGAUAUGUAAACAGGUAUUUUUUUAAAUCAAGGAAAGGCUCAUUUAAAACAAGCAAAGUUUUACAGAGAGGAUACAUUUAAUAAAACUGCAAGGACAUCAAAGUGGUAAAUACUGUGAAGUACUUUUUCUCGCAAAAAGGCAAAUAUUGAAGUUGUUUAUCAACUUCGCUGGAGAAAAAAACCACUUGGCGUACAAAAUAUUUAAGUGAAGGAGAAGUCUCAUGGUGAACUUACAAUGAAGGGAAAUCGUUUAUGUGUUAUGAACAUCUAAGUCUUUUCUUCUUCUUCUUCUUCUUCUCCUUCUUCUUCUUCUUCUUCCUUUUUUUUUAAUUUGUCAAAGAAGCUUCCAGAAAAUUAGAAAGGACAACAGUUCUGAGCUGUAAUUCCGCCUUAAACUAUGGACACUCUAUAUGUAGUGCAUUUUUAAACUUGAAAUAUAUAAUAUUCAGCCAGCUUAAACCCAUACAAUGUAUGUACAAUACAAUGUACAAUUAUGUCUCUUGAGCAUCAAUCUUGUUACUGCUGAUUCUUGUAAAUCUUUUUCCUUCUACUUUCAUCUUAAACUAAUACGUGCCAGAUAUAACUGUCUUGUUUCAGUGAGAGGCGCCCUAUUUCUAUGUCAUUUUUAAUGUAUCUAUUUGUACAAUUUUAAAGUUCUUAUUUUAGUAUACAUACAAAUAUCAGUAUUCUGACAUGUAAGAAAUGUUACGGCAUCACACUUAUAUUUUAUGAACAUUGUACUGUUGCUUUAAUAUGAGCUUCAAUAUAAGAAGCAACUUUGAAAUAAAAAACAGAUUCUUUUUUAAUUCUGGGUUUCAUUCUUAACAUUGAAACAUUUAAGUAUUUCUAAUGACCCAUUUAUAUUUCUAAUUUAAGAUAAUUGUGAUCUUUUAAUAACCCUAUUUAUGAGAUGUUGUAGUCUGCUGCUUUUAUUGUUUAUUUAAAAUCAAGUAUGUUUUGCAAAUGUUUUUUUUUUUUUUUCAGACAAGAUUCUGUAACAUCGUUUAAAGCUUUCUUGUACAUUCUCAGUGUUAGCUUCCUGGCUUCUCUUUGCACACAUCUUCUGAAAAAGAAGGAUGCAAAAGAUCUAGGUCAGUCUCUGAUUUUGCAAUACUUGUUAUAUAAUAGGCAUUUAUCUUGUAUAUCAGUAAUUCAAUGGUUAUGAGAGAUGAAUCCAUGAGGAAAUGAAAUGAUCAGACCUCUAAAGUUCCAAGAUGUAGAUUUUAUGCCCGACACUGAGCAUUUGGGGGUUGGGUGAGGGAAGGGUCAAAAAUAGAAAUAUGCUACAUGUAGUUAUCAGACAUCCAAUGUUAUUCUAAUUCUCCCUACUUUGAUCUUGCCAGGCUCUCAUAAUGACUCUGACAGUUGAAACUGCUUAUAUUUCCCUCCUAUGAAUUUCAGUCCUCUUAAAAUAAUGUGGCAUUUUAAAUUUUGAUGAAAGAAAGAGCAAUUCAUUUCUAAACCUUAAAAUAUGCUUUGGCAACAAGCUCAGAAUGAGGGCAGGGACCCUGGUGGAUUCUGAGGGUCAGUGCCAGUAUGCCUGCUGUCUCUGGAAGUCCCAUCUGGCUGCCUGGGGAUUGGAACUUCCGUGGAGUACAUUACACCUGUUCAGCUGGGCCAAAGGUCAAAAUGUAGCAAUACUCGGGGAAAGACCACACAAAGUCAUGCUACACGUGUUCUCCCUCUUUCCCCUUAGAAACAGGGCACAUGCUUUCUCUUGGGUUGCAGACAAUUUUUAGAUUAUCUUUCUUUUUUAAAUACUUUAUUGUGAAACUUUGUUUCAAGCAUUUCUUGAUAUCCUGCUACAUACUAUUUUUAUGACUCAGUCAACAUGCAUAAAAAGAGAAAUGUUUAUAUGAAGUGCUCACUUUCAAUUUACUUUGCAUUUAAAUCAAAUUGAACACUUCAGUGGAAUAAAUUCUGUGGACAAUGUCACUUUGGAAUCUUUCAUUUCAAUGAAGGAUUGCACAUUCUCAAUACUUCCAUAAAUUGCAGGUUCUGUUCAUUUUUUAUAUAGUUUUUGUAAUCCAAAGAAUAUUUUGCUAGAUUUGCACAGAUCUCCAAUUGAAUUUGAAAUAAAGAAAUAAUGCAAAAAGAUGAAUAGCACUUAAACAAGAAUACAGCUGUAAGUAACCCCAUCACCAUGGAUGAUCCUUUUUGUCUAGGAAUGUAUUUAGAUUAGAUUUGACAACUACGUUUUUAGAUUUUUAUGUUUAAGUUUAAAAAAAAGGCUGUCUAAUUUUCAAUAGUUAAAAUACUUGUUUUUCUUUUUUUCUUUUUAUCUUCUCUUUUUUACUUUAAGCCUCUGUUGUUUGUAGAACCCUCUUAGAAGCUUGGAAAUAAAAUGUCUUUCCUGA